UGUAUAUCUCGGCUUGCUCAGUGCUAAUUUACAUCAACAGUAUCCCAGUUUCUAGUAACUUUUACUUCUGGUACUAGAGUUUACUCCCUAUUCGCUUCAUCUUUCGCCAUGGCUGUUGUAAAACCUCCCACGAGGAUUGCAAUUCUAGGAGCUACGGGAGGAACGGGCCGAGCCACACUGCAGUCUCUUCUUUCCAAGAGCGACUUGUCUAUUGAGCUCCGAGUCUUUGUCCGAUCGAAGGAAAAGUUUUAUCGACUCUUCCCCACGUUGAGGUCGAAUGCCAACUGUGAGGUCUGGGAAGGAGAAUUGACCAGCGUCGACAAGAUCACGGCAUGUUUGUCGGGAGCAAAUAUCAUCAUCUGCACGCUCGGAGAAAAUCAAAACAUUCCCGGCAUUAAUGUGUUGCGGGUAGCCGCCGCAUCGAUUGUUUCGGCAUUGCGCACACUGAAAGCUCAGACUGGCAACGAUUGGCAUCAGCCACGCUUGCUAUUGCUGUCUUCCGCGACCUGGAACCCACGCCUCUCUGGCCCUUCCGGAUUUGUACUGUGGCUCAUCAAGACGGCAUUUCAUUAUCCUUACGUUGAUUUGCUCGGGGCACACGCUACCCUGGCCGAGGCGGACGAUUUGUUGUCGUUGCUCCUAGUGCAACCCCCAGCAAUAAUCGAUGAGGCACCCACUGGCUUCGAGAUUAGCACCGAAAAGUCGAGGGUCGCUGUGUCUUAUGCAGAUCUCGGUGCAGGGUUUGCAGAAUUGGCCACAGAGGAUGCAUAUAGGCAGCUCAGAGCAGUUGGGGUCACAAGCCUCGGAGGAGACCAAUUUGGAAAGUACGCGUCAGAGAUACUAUCUAGGGUCUUCUUCGGACUUGUGUCAGGCUACCUGCCCGGGUACUGGUUUACAAAGAGGUUGAUUGUGCGAAUCAUGGGUUGAGUUGAGAGUUUCGACUAGCGUUGGAGCUAUAUAAUUAGCUAGAGACUGGAGUGCAGCCGACGAAGCACAUGCGAUACACAGUACAUAUACCUAGCACAUGGACGUCACCACUAUCAAAUCUAACC